UCUCUAGCACGAUCAGUUUUUCCUUCGUGCCCGGUACAGUCUCAUUCGGUGUCUCACAAUUUUAUAACACUAGGACAGAUUUCCGGCGUUUUAUGGAGCUGGAUCACAGAUAACAGGAAUAAUCGAUCGUUCUGUAAUUGCCGUUGAUCAGUAUUUGGGCAAAACAUUCGUGCCAUAUUCGUACAUAUUCUCUGCACAAGAAGUACAAAGAGAUAUUCGUGGAUUGUGAGGUCAAAAUUAACAUGGAUAAAACAUCAAACGGAAUCAAAAGAAAUGCGGUGUUACUCAAUGGAGGCCCAAAGGGGAAAGGGUCGAAACCACCAAAGAAAGCUUGGUGGAAGCGGGCUUUUGGAUCGUGGUUCACCUGUUGCUCCGGUGUUGACGGGCGUGACGAUGGCACCAUAGUCCAGACGGGCAAACGCAAUGGGAAGGAAACCUGCCAGAAAGGCUUGGAAACCGACAAACCAGCGAAGGCGAUCUCGGUAAAGGCGGUGCAGUAUCCGGGUGACGAUCCAGCAGCGACUCCUUUACUCGAGCCAUCAUGGAGCACGGAAGCGCUUAACGGGGAUGGCCCGGAGCUCAGCGCCCCUUCGACGCCCGUCUGCGCCGCGCAUCAGGAAGAGAAGGCACCCAGUCCGUCCGGAUCCGGCACCGAAGCUGCAGCUGUCGCAAUGGAGACCGGCACCGAGGCUGCUGCUGACAUCGCAGUGGUGACCGGCACCGAAGUUGCAGUGGACAUCGUAAAGGCCGGUGCCGGACAGCUCACCGUCGCCACGCCGGAGACCGAGGUCAUCUACUAUGGUCGCUGGAACGGAUCGGCAUUCAUCGCGGCCAACGAGCGCGAUCAGGAUUCCGGGUACGGGGAUAAAGAGAGCGCCGGGGAUAAGACGGAAGAGACCGUCCGGUUUCUGCGUUAUCAGGAUGCUCUGUGUAUGGUCCGCCGGUGCGAGCGCGGUGAGAAGUGCCGGCGCGCCCUGCGUUUCCGUCGGGAAUAUCCACGUAAAGCUCAGUGUAAAGAGCAUGAUCUCACUCCGGUAUAUGAAGUGGUGGAGGUGGUCUAUUCGUUGCCGGCGAAAGAGAACCUGAUUUGAUGACUGCACAUAUAUAGAAGUCAGUUGGUUCCAGUUAUUGUUUAAAACUUACUCUCUUGUUUGACUGCGGCCGGUCAUAAUGCCUUCGAGGAACGCCUCACCGGAUUAGGUUUGUCGCAUGCUCUCUUUGUUAUUUCGUUGUUAAAGGUUGAUGUUUUUGUAAGCAAUUUGUUUAUCAUCAGUGCUGUAUUUUUUGUUAUGACGUUUUGUUAGUUCCGGUCUUUGAACAGCACUGAUUUCGAGAUACCUUUCCAGACUUACCUACGAGUAGUGUCUAGAAAAUCUUGUCAUAUGUAUGCAAAGAUCGUAAGCUUUGUUACAUGUUUUCUUUGCAAUUUCUUUACAAUUGUUAAAAGUCUAAACGACUCCGCAUGCGGUAGUGAUAUUUGGGAUGAUCGUAUGAGAGUAAAUCGUACUAUUGUUAACCUUCUGUAAUUACAUAAUUUUGCCGCUGUUUCAUCAAUGAAUGGCAUUUGGAUCUACGGUUUG